AUGGCGGACGUGCUCGAGCAGCUCGCCAUCGCUGGUCUGAUCUCGUUUGCUUCAAUAUGGGGAGUACUUGCGCGUUUUGGGCUCAAUGCGCUAAAUACGUACGAUGGAGAGAGCGUCAUACCCAUCUUGUGGGCGCAGUCGAUCGGGUGCUUUAUCAUGGGAUUCACGACGCACCCGAAAGUAAAAGGCGUGUUGGAGCACUGGUACAAGCCACUGUUUCCGAUGAUCACUACAGGCUUCUGCGGAAGCGUGACGAGCUACUCUGCGUGGGUGUAUGGUGCGUUUCAGGCAUAUUCCAACCAGCUCCAUUACAAUCGCCACGGAUUGCACAACACUAUGGACGCACUCACGCAGAGUAUCGCUACGCUCGGACUUGCGUAUGGCGCGUAUAAACUUGGGAAAAAUAUUGGCGCGCUUGGUGUGCUACAGCGGAUACAGGAUUGGAUCUUGCGCAAGCUUCAUCGCGAUAGAACGCCCGCAUCGCACGAAGAGCCUAUUGCGGAGAAAAAGGGGUUUAAUGGAAGUGUCACGGCACAUCUUGUGAGCAUUGCGAUAGGCAUCGUGUUUUGGGCAGCGACUGCAAUUCUGUGUGGGACCUAUCCACCCUUUCGAAACGUAACGUAUGCCUUGGUGCUUGCUCCGCCAGGAUGCUUGCUCCGCUGGCAGCUUGCGCGACUAAACGCACCUGUCUCGUCCACGCGCAAUCUCGGCAUCAAUGAGUACCGCUCAUGGCCGCUGGGAACGCUAGCAGCGAAUAUUUUGUCAGUUUCUUGCAAUAGUGCCGCCGAGGUCGGCAUGUUUGUGGGGCGCACGACAGGGCCAAAUGGACGCAGCGUGUACACAAAGGAUGCUUGCUAUGCUCUCCACGGAUUUGAGGAAGGGUUUUCUGGUGCGCUCGGCACGCUGAGUACAGUCAUCGUCGAGCUCUCGGCAAUGAAACCGCUAAAAGUAUCGGUAUGGUACGCAAUUGCCAGCUAUACAAUAGGGAUUAUUAUAUGCCUGCUCGUUGUUGGUGCGCCCUGGUGGGCGAUCGGAUUCGAAGGCGGUUGUAUCCAGCUGCUACGGGGUUCAUAG